AUCAUGGCGGGCAGCAUAUGUAUAUUGUAGAUUCUGCACUCCCUUGUCUUUGUUUUGGCACAGUCAUCAUGUCUCAACCGUCAUCACAUAUGCAGGAUCUGUCGCAGCAGAUCUCUGCAGCCACAUCCAUCUUGACCAACUUUCUCGUCUCCAAUGGCCUUCCGGAGCCUUCGCACGGCGCCGAUGCCCCGCUCGAUGCCCCCAGCAUGCCGGAGGAUGUGCAAGUCGCCCGCCGGAAUUUGCGAGAGGCCGCGCAGGAGCUAUACAUUCUGGCCACUUACCCAAGCGAGUAUCUGCGAUGGCUAGCCUGCAAUUACCAUGAUUGCUCGAGUCUACGGUGGAUCUACCAUUUCAAGAUCGCGUCGUUCGUGCCAUUAGAGGACGCGAGGACUUUUUCCGACGUCGCAAAGGAUGCUGGUGUGGACGAAGGCCAUCUUCGGCGAAUGCUGCGAGAAGCCAUGACCAACCGGAUCUUCUGCGAACCUCGUGCCGGGUUUGUGGCGCACACGGCGGCUUCCAGUGCGCUGGUGCGCGAUAAAGGCACGCUCAACUGGGUGGGCUAUACCUUGGAGGACUCCUUUCCGGCCUCUGCAAAAGUGGUCGAAGCGACCAAGGCAUUCGGUGCGUCGGAAGAGAAAAACCAUUCCGGCUGGAAUCUUGCUUUCAAUACCGAGCUACCAAUAUUCCAAUACCUCUCCAACCACCCUGAACGUGCUGGACGGUUUGCAGAGACUAUGACGGCCCUGACAAGCACAGAUGGCUAUCAUGCCCGCCAUCUUGUGGACGGCUAUCCUUGGGGAGAGCUUCCACCAGGGACCGUUGUGGACGUCGGCGGAUCCGUAGGCCACAUGAGCAUCGCGCUCGCGGAGAAAUAUCCGAAGCUCAAUUAUGUCGUCCAGGAUCUCCCUGACAUUGUUGCUGCUGGCCAGCGGGCACUCCCUUCGCACUUGACAGAUCGGGUCUCGUUUCAAAGCCACGACUUCUUCACACCACAGCCUGUCCAGGCCGAUGUGUACCUCCUCCGAUUUAUCUUGCACGACUAUUCAGAUACUCAUGCGACGCUCAUCCUCAAGAACCUGCUGCCUGCCUUGAAGCCUACGUCAAAGUUACUGAUCAUGGACGGAGUGUUGCCCGAGCCAGGUAGCAUGCCACGGAGUCAAGAGCGGCAGAUUCGGGUCAUGGACUUGGAAAUGCUGACAAACUUCAACGCCAAAGAAAGAGAGAUAGGUGACUGGCAGAGCCUACUCGAGGCGGCCGAUCCGAGAUUGAAAGUGGCCAAAGUGAUCAAACCUCCCGGAAGCGUCAAUUCAAUCAUCGAGGCCGUGCUUGAGUGAUCAGCGGAGUCGCCCAACCCAGCAAUAUAGUCUUUCUUCAGGUCGAUUCGUUGAAUGGCGCUGUGGAGUGACAGAGACGGCGCGCCACAAUCUUUGACGACUACUUCUUGCUAGCCGCGAAGGAUGGCCGACGCCAUUUCCUCGCUGAGACGAGCGGCACCAUCAAGAUGUCUCAGAUCAAUCUUCACUUUCGUACCGAUGUCGGCUCGUCCUUGAACACGAUGUACCACGACCUACAAAUCGUCGCUGUCGACGGCUAUGGCCUUCAUGAAUACAGAUGAUGUCGUCGAGAACAAGUAGGUCGUAGUACAUGAUCAUCAGAUUCCUCAUGUUCGUUGGUAUUAUGCAGACCUGAUUGAUUGAUUGAUUGAAUAGUUGAGAGAUUACUAUUUAUUAGGUACUAAAAACUGUGGCCUAGCUUUCAGCAGGAAAUACAGUAGCUAUACAGGCAUAAACUCUAAC